UGCAAGCGCUUGUGGCUCUGGGGUUUCUCUGGGGGAGCAACGCUUCAAACUUGUUCUGUGACGAGUGGAAGAAGGUGAUCGAAGACUAUCAUGGGUUCGAAGUUGGUUCUUGGGAAGUGGCGUGCGACCCACACGGCAUGGUCACCGACCUGCACAUUGGGAAGCCUCAGUCGUUGGGCCCCGUUUAUCAAUACUAUAGUGGCGACACAGCAGACAUUCUCUCGAUCCAGUCGCUCAUGGGCCCCUCUAUGAUGCAAGGCUCCAUGGACGACCUCUCGUGUCUCGCCCCGCUCACUCGCCUCAAGGACCUCACUCUCACGAGUCUCAACCUGACUGCCGGAGAGCUCCCUUCCUCUUUAUCCGCCCUUGCUUCACUCUCCCACCUUGACCUAAGUUUCCUCCCCAUCACCCGCUUUCCGCAAUGGAUCGGUUCCCUCUCCAACCUCACUCAUCUGGAUGUCACCGGCAACUUUAGCGUCCACCGCUCGCAACCAUUCCCCACUGGAUUGAUGGCGCUCACAUUGCUGCAACAUCUGCGGCUUAGUUUGAAUGGCUUCACUGGAUCUAUCCCCUCCACCAUCUCCGCCCUCUCCGGCCUCAGUGAAUUUCAGCUCAAUUUCAACAACAUCUCAGGGAGCAUCCCUGCCAGCAUCACCAACCUCCUUAAGCUGCAAGACCUGCAGCUCAAUUUCAACAACAUCUCAGGGAGCAUCCCUGCCAGCAUCACCAACCUCUUUAACCUGCAAGACCUGGGGCUCUCCUUCAACAAUCUCACCGGCGCCGUUCCUGCCAUCACUAGCGAAUCCCUGAAGUACUUGCGUCUCUCCUUCAACAAUCUCAUCGGUGCCGUUCCUUCCAUCACUAGCUCAAACCUUGAUACCUU